GGGAGCCCCGCGGGGCCGGGCAAGGUGAGGUGCAGGCUGACAGGCCAUGAGCUGCCCUGUCGCCUGUCGGAGCUGCAGGCUUACACCAGCGGCAAAAAGUACCAGCGGCUCAUAAAGGCAGCCAGAGAGUUCGACUAUGGCACGUUUGAGCCCCACAUAGUGCCCAGCACCAAGAAUUUACACCAGCUGUUCUGCAAGCUCACCCUCAGACACAUCAACAAGCUUCCAGAGCACGUCCUGCGUCACGUCCAAGGGAAGCGCUACCAGAAGGCCCUGAAAACAUAUGAGGAAUGCCAGAGGGAAGGAGUAGAGUAUGUCCCUGCUUGCCUGAGACAGAAGAAGCAGCGGGCACAGCACCCCGAUGACCAAAGGAACGGGAGCAGGCAGCCUCACAGGAAAGAGGAGUUCUGGGAGCCAAAGUCCAGUGAGGAGGAUGGAGAGGAGACAGACGACAGCAUGAGUGACCUCUACCCACCUGCACUCUUCCCAGAAAAAAACCCAUCAGCUCCACAGACCACGAAGGGCAGCGAUGACUUUGUGACAGACAGCGAGGAUGACGGCACCAAGCAGAAUGGAGAGCACGGGGCAAGGAGGGAUGGCAGCAGAGCAGCUGGCAAGAGAGGAAAGAAACAGACAGGCCCUUUAAAGAAGAAAUUCAAGAGCCAUCAUCGAAAACCCAAAAACUUCAAGAAAGCAACCAAUGGGAAAUAAAUUCUAUGAUAAAUACCUGGCCUGAAGCUUGUUGUGUAACAAUUCCAGUGAGAACACAGGAUGAAGUGUCUGCUUACAGUUAACUGCUACAGGUGUGGAGGGGAACAAUAAGGCAGAAUUAAGUUGCAUUUCAAGAGCUUCAAGCCAUCCCCACACCAAGGGAAGGAUGUCUGCUGCACAGUCCACACAGCUCAGUUUUUUGCAGAAAACUGCUUUUUGUUAGGCAGGAAAGCACAGCAGCUCAGCGGUGGAGCAGCACCAGCCACACACGCCAAGUGGAUACAAAGAUGCCAUUGUUUUAUUUUGAUUGUUUUCAAAAAUCAAAACAUUUUCAAACACAACUAAGGUACAAAAUACAGCAUAAAAUGAGAAUUUAUACUUAUUUCUUUUUUUUUUUCCACAUAGAAAGCAAAAAUAUAUUCAGAGUGAAUUCCAGAACACUUUGCAGAGCCAAUUGGUAGCUGACAUCCUGCUUGUGAGAGCUUCUCAGCCACGGGGAGAGGUCACUGUAUUUCUGGGAGAUGCACAAGUACAGCAGUGUAUGUAGGAAACCAGAAUCUUCUGCAUCAGGACUCACAGUUAAUAAGUCUGCACGUUGUGCUGCCUAGAAGUAUCUGAUAAUGCCCUCCACCUAACUGUGCCCCUGGAACACUGAAGUAGUCCUGCUGCAGGGGACUGCAACAGUUCCUUUUCUAGGGUCUUUUGUUGGAAAGGAGACUUGAUUUUUCACAGAGGAAACUAGUCAAUAUUUCAGACUAGUCUGUCAUCCAGCUCCUUAGUUAGACAGGACACAAGGAAGUUGAGAAAGACAAGGGGCUACUUGCAGGAAUAGUUUGUGUCAUUUAUAAAUACUAUGAACAUCAACAGCAGUUCAGGUAUCUGAGAGUGGCUGCCUUGACCAGUCUAGAACCGUUGUAAGACCUGCAGUGAAACAGUGAAAGCCUCCUGUGCUGCAGAUCUGUGACUGAAAGGACCAGGAAGAGUCAGACACACUGAACACUUGAGGUGAAGACUUCUCUUGGAAAACUUCCUUGAAAAAAAAGCCAUCAGUGACCUUAAUGCUGAAUUCCCCUCCCAUCAAUCUGGACAUGGGGAUUGGACUAAAUGAUCUCCAGAGGUCCCUUCCAACCCCAACUAUUCUGGGAUAGCAACUGGCUUCCUCCAGCAGCAGCACAUCUUGCCCUUACAGAGGGUAUUAUCCCCUUAAGAUGAUGAAAUCACUGGUUUAACUUUCAACAGUGCUCCUCUAUUUUUCAUUAGUUCUUUCAGCCCAGUUUUCUCACCUAAAAAGCAACUGUUAAACUGAACUGUCCAGGUGAGUGUCUUUGUCAGGAGAUCCUGGAGAACAGCUCCCACUGGAGAUGUUCACCUGAAUUCCUCCUUGAACCAAGAGCUGAGCAUCUUCCUCAGGGGAGGCAACAGAGCAAGGAAUCAGUGUAAUGGUAGGAAGUUGGCAGGG